UGUUCAAGACUUUUUCAGCUGCUUCCAGAAAUGCAAUGCAUUCAGCGAACAUUGUCUGUGAGUGUGCAGCUGUGACUAUUGUUGAAAUAGCCUGGUACGCAUGCGCGGAUCACAUGUUGCUGUGAAAUCUCCGGAUAGAAGAUGAGGUAGACGGCACAGCGGAUCGGCUCUCGUCUGUAGAGCAGGAUGACAGCAGGACCACAGAUCAGUCAGCCAAGGAGCUCCAAGCAUCGCUUUGUCAGUCACCAUCGCAGUAUCCAUGCGCCUAGAGGACAUUUGCAGAAGCCAACGCAUUCACUUGUCUACUUGUAGCGAAGCGGUUUCUUCUCCUUUCUAGUCGAAACCAUUAUCCGCUAGCAGUUGUCAACAGUAAUCGGGCCAGUCUACUACUACUUGGUUAGGCUACCUGCUGUUGUUGUUCCGACGGACUUGACACUGGCUUUGAAGUUCAUAUUUAAACACUCGGGAGAAAAUGAAUGUCCUAUUCUGGGACCAUCUCCAAGCUGGGAGCUCGGAAGUUGACUGGUGCGAGGGGAAUUAUAUGAUCUAUCCUGGAAUAGCGGAGUUCUAUAACACGAUUAGCAACAUCUUAUUUUUCAUCUUGCCUCCUAUUUUGAUGUGCCUGUUCCGUCAGUAUGCUGAGCAUUUCAACAGUGGGAUUUACAUCAUUUGGAUGCUGUUGGUUCUGGUCGGGAUCGGUUCCACAUAUUUCCACGCCACGCUGAGUUUUCUGGGUCAGAUGCUGGACGAGCUGGCCAUCCUUUGGGUGCUGAUGUGUGCCAUUGGUAUGUGGUUCCCCAAGAGGUACCUGCCCAAGAUCUUCCGCCGAGACAGGUCAAGGUUUAAGGUGGUCAUUGCCAUUCUCUCAGGGAUCACAACGUGUUUGGCCUUCGUCAAGCCGGCUAUCAACUCAAUCUCUCUCAUGAGCCUGGGCAUCCCCUGCACAGCAUUACUCAUCACAGAGCUUAAGAGGUGUGAGAACGUGCGUGUGUUUAAGCUGGGCCUGCUGUCGGGCCUGUGGUGGAUGCUGGCACUCAUGUGCUGGAUCAGCGAUCGCAUCUUCUGUGAGAUGUGGUCCUCAGUCAACUUCCCCUAUCUGCACUGCGCCUGGCACAUCCUGAUCUGCCUGGCGUCCUACCUGGGCUGCGUGUGCCGCCUUGCGCCGGCCUUGACGUCCGAGGCCCCAGAGCAGGGGCCCGUGGUCAAGUUCUGGCCCAGCGAGCGGUGGGCCUUCAUCGGGGUGCCCUACGUCACCCUGCUCUGCGUCCACAAGAAGUCCUCCAUCAAGGUCACCUAGAAUGGCCCAAGGUCACCCAUCGGGCCCUCUUCACAGCCUCUGAUCAUCAUGGGGUCACUCGGGGUCAUGGGGGUGUCAAAGAGCACUUUUUUU